AUGGAAAGCGAUAUUUCAGCCAAAGAGAAUGGCAAGGGCUCCUUGGGCACGAGUGCAAAGGAGAACCUGACGUUGGAAAACCUGGGAUACCAACAGGAGCUCAAACGGUCGUAUACUUUUCUGGAUAUGCUUGGGUUCAGUUUCAGUAUUGUCACUUGCUGGACCGCAUUGAGCGGAUCAUUGAUCAUUGGCGUGAGUUCCGGGGGUCCGCCGGUAAUACUUUAUGGGUGGAUUGGCACGUGUGUGUUUACCCUAGCCGUGGCCUGCGCCUUCGCAGAAAUGUGCUCGCGAUGGCCUGUGGCUGGUGGACAAUAUUCAUGGGUAGCUUUGAUGGCGCCGAAGAAGAUUUCUCGCGAAAUGUCCUACGUGACCGGGUGGUUUAUGUUGAUGGGCAUCAUUGCUAUGGGGGCGGUAAAUAACUCUUUUGUCUCCAACUUCAUCUUGGGACAGGCAAACCUCGUAUUUCCUCAAUACACUAUUGAGCGCUGGCAGUCUGUCCUUGUGGCGUAUGCGGCUGCUCUCAUCGGCGGUGCGGUCAAUAUCUGGGCACCUCAAAUAAUGCAUCGCAUGGCUCGAGCUGUAUUCCUCUGGAACAUCUGCUCGUUCAUUAUCAUCACGGUUGUUCUGUUGGCCACCAAUGAUCACAAACAGAGUGCACAAUUCGUCUUUCAAGACUUCCAGAAUGAAACCGGCUUUGGGACGGCAAUGGCGACCGUCUUGGGUAUUCUCCAGAGCUUUUUCGGCAUGUGUUGUUACGACACCCCAGUACAUAUGACCGAAGAGAUGACGCAUGCCUCUCGAGAUGCUCCGCGCGCAAUUGUGCUCUCUGUAGCGGUUGGCGCAGUCACUGGAUUCGUCUUCCUAGUGACACUCUGCUUCUGUAUUGGGGACAUUUCAAGCACCGCCGAUACCAGCACGGGGGUGCCCGUGAUUCAGAUCUUUUAUGACUCAACAAAUAGCAAAGUGGGAACGUGUUUCAUGGCCAGUAUGAUCACUGUGAUCAUGAUCGUUAGUACCAACAGCCUCGUCGCGGACGGUUCUCGAUCUCUUUUCGCUUUUGCUCGAGACCACGGUUUGCCAUUCUCCAGUGUCCUGUCUCGCGUCGAUCGAAAGAACCACGUUCCCGUUUAUGCUAUUCUGGUAACAGUAGUUAUCCAGAUGGCUUUCAAUUCGAUAUACUUUGGUACUGUAACAGGAUUUAACACUAUUGUUUCUAUUGCCACAACAGGAUUUUAUGCCUCAUAUGCUCUUGCCCUUCUCGCACGCUUGUUAGGCUACCUUUUCCGCGACAGAUCCAGCACCAACAGCAAGCUCGUGUUCACAGGGUCACUGUGGUCCCUCUCUUUACCGGUUUCAUUAUCAAUGAACGCGCUUGGAUUCGCGUUCCUACUCUUCGCCUUCAUCACGUUUAAUUUCCCGUCUGAAGCGCCAGUGACGGAGGAGUCGAUGAACUAUACGAGCGCGGCAAUCGGAGUAAUUGCGCUGCUCAGUCUCAUCACUUGGUUUACGACGGGUCAUCGCCAUUUCCAUGGACCUGCUGAAGUGCGUGAAUAUGGCCAUGAACAACAAGAGAAUGAGGCAGUUGAGGUUGAGCAGACAAAGUCUUGA